CUUGAUACCAUCAUCUAAAGUUUAAUGAGAAUUUGGUCGGCUUAUAUUUGAUAACAUUUGAACCGAAGAAUGCAAAGGGCUGCUCUACUAUUAUCAUCGAGGGUCAGGAAGCCGUCGAGCCCAGCUAUAGUGUGCUCGAACCUAUCACGAAGAUGGUUCGCCUCCAGUGAGCCACGAGCAUCGUUAGCGCCCCCAAUGAACAUCCCGAAAUGGUUGAAAGAAAACUCGAACCUGCUGAAACCCCCUGUAAAUAACUAUUGCGUAUAUGACGAGCACAUCACCGUCAUGAUUAUCGGAGGGCCCAACGCUCGUUCCGACUACCACGUCAACGAAACCCCGGAAUGGUUCUACCAGUACAAGGGCGACAUGCUCCUCCGCACCGUUGACGACGGCCAGUUCCGCGACAUCCCCAUCCGCGAAGGCGACAUGUUCCUGCUGCCGCCCCACGUGCCGCACAAUCCUGUCCGCUUCGCCGACACGGUGGGGAUUGUGAUCGAGCAGAAGCGGCCCGCGGAAUCGAUCGACCGGCUGCGCUGGUAUUGUCAGGGCUGCGGGGAGCGGGUGCAUGAGAAAGCGUUCCAUUGCGUGGAUCUAGGGACGCAGUUGAAGGAUGCAAUUAAUGAUUUUGCGCAGGAUACGGAGGCGAGGACGUGUGGGAAUUGCGGGGAGCUAUGUGAUCUGACGCCGAGACAGGUGCCGAAGGUGGAGUGAGCCGGCUUGGGAAGAAAGAUCUGUUCGACUAGGACAUUGGCACGAUGCUGCGUGCUCAAAGCCCGUUCCAAACUCCCCGUGCGAUGUGGUCCACUCGUUUACGUGUGCCUUUGACAAUGCCCAGGUACAGGAGCUCUGCUAGGGCCUGUUGAAAUGACGCGCUUCGAGUCCGUUAGCAACACCGUGUAGGUGGUGAGGCAGUCCUGGACAUACCUUGUAUCUUUGUCAUCUCCUUCAUUGUCGCCCUUGACGUUCUCAAAUGCAGAGAGUAAAUCUGCCAUGUUAAUUAGUUGCCCUGACUCGAGGCACAGUCGAUACAAGAUCGAGGUGUCAGGUUGAGUUGAACUCAAUGCUGUCUGUAGGG